UUAAAGAUUGUCUAUUGAGAAGAUCACUAUAGUGUUACUGAAACUGUGAACCUUGAUCAUAUUCCCCCAAAUGUAUCAGUUUGAUAAACCACAGCAUCAGCUACCUCCGUUACAACUAACCAAACCUCAUUCGCUGAAGAGGAACAGCAGAUGUGAUGGAAAGCUCAGGAGAAAAGCUUAGCAACUACACCUGAAUUUCGAAUUGUUCGCUCUAUCGGAAGUACUAGCAGAGUGAGACGUCAUUUUUUUGUACUUCUGUCUAUCUAAGCUACCGGCCGGUAAAUGGCUCCAGAGGCAAAAGGCAGCCGAUCCGUACACAGUCGAGUUUUAUGCUUUUUUAAAACUUUCACUUAUUGUCGAAGUUUUGUACAAUAGCAAUUUAUUUGUAGUUCAUACAGCUCGGGUUAAUUACGUUCCACUUAUCGUCCAGGGGGACUUUUAUCGUUGUGUGUUAUCCACCAGUGUAACGGUAGCUAGGUGGACGGAAACACAGACAGAUAAAAUUAGCCAAAUCGAUUAAUAUAAUCCUUUCUAUAGUUUGGAAUUUGACCUGCCUCUUGCUACUUGCGCCGACAUGGCUGCUAAUCCUCCAGGACAAGCCUAUCCAAACAAGACACGGGUAGCAAUCCUGGCUGAGCUGGAGAAGGAGAGGAGACGGCUGAUGCAGAAUCAGUCCAUGAACACACCUGGAGCCAGCAUCUCGCUGUCCAGACCGAGUCUGAAGGAGUUCAGGGACAACGCAGAACAGCAGCACAUCGCUGCGCAGCAGAAAGCUGCCCUGCAGGACUCCUCAUUUGGAAACCUCAUCCUGCCGGUCCUCCCACGCCUGGAGCCUGAGUCUUGAACUCUUUACCUCUUUUCCCCAUCCUGCUGCCAGUGUGAGGCAAAGCUUUGAGACGACACACAUGCACACCAGACUCGUGUCUCUCCCUGUUUUAAGUCUGUGAUUAAUGGACAGUUGUUUGUCAUGUUGUAAACAAUCUCAGGGGAGUGAGAAGCUUUCAUUUUUACAUUUUCCAGACCAACAAGCUCACUGCUGAAUUUAGGAAAGCUUUCAAGACAAGACGGAAGAAGGUGCAAGAUAAGUGCAAAACAUCCUGUCAAGUCAUUCAGGGGCCAAAAACAAAUUUUACAGAAAUACAGUAAAUCCUGCUGUUGCCUUUCACUGCAUUAUCACAGGCUUUUCCAUAAAAUACACAUUUUGAUGGGUUUUUUACAUUGUAAUGGAUUUACAUCUUUGGGUAAUAAAGUUGUUAUGUUCAGUUCUA